GUUCAGUGUGCGCGUGCGCGACGACUCGUCGAGUGUUUUUUGCGUAAAAUGCUGUGAAUUGGGACAUUAAAAUUUGUAUACUGAGCAAUAUUGAACGGAUACGAUGGCAUCGCGAAAGAUGAUUCUCAAUGUCAUCCUCAUAUUAAUGGUGUCUUCGAGUGAAGCACUAAGGCUGUUAGUGUUCUUCCCACUUUAUUCAAAAAGCCAUAGCAUCCUGGGACAGGGCAUGGUCAGUAGACUGCUGGAAGCUGGCCAUGAGGUAGUCCACGUAACUUCAUUUCCUCGUGACAAAUCAGAACCGAACCUAACAGAAAUCAACUUACAGUCUCUGGGCGUAAAAAUGAAAGCGGAAGCUGAAAAGUUUGAAAGGUUUAAAUUAAAGAAUCUCGUUGGUAAAGGAAAUUUUGGAGAUUCACUUUUCUUUAUAUACUUUACACACGAAAUACAUAAACAGAUAUUAGAUGACCCCGCUUUGGUGAAGUUUCUCAGUGAUCCAAAGGAGAAGUUCGACGCUGUUAUUCUGGAGUGGUUCUUCGCUGACGAAAUUGCUGGGAUAGCUCCGUUAUUUAAAUGCCCUUUGAUAUGGUUUGGCUCAACAGAAGCUCAUUGGCAAGUUCUAAAGCUGAUCGAUGAAAUUCCAAACCCAUCGUUCACCGUGGACCUAUUCUCUACCAGCACACCGCCUCUUAGCUUCUGGGAAAGAAUCGGAGAAUUGUACAAAGUUGUAAAGAAAUUGUUAACUAUUGGUGUCCUAAUAACGCCAUUCGAAAAGACCAUUUACAAUAAUGUGUUCAACAAAAUAGCGGCUGAGAGGGGUGUGACCAUUCCCUCCUAUGAUGAAGCUGUAUACAAUGGUUCCAUGUUGCUCCUCAAUUCACAUCCAUCCAUUGGAACACCGUUUAGACUGCCACAAAGUGCUAAAUAUAUAGCUGGAUAUCAUAUUGACACGAAGGUUAAACCUUUACCAAAGGAAAUCCAAAGUAUCAUGGAUGAAGCGAAACACGGAGUAAUAUACUUCAGCAUGGGCAGUAAUCUGAAAAGCAUGGAUAUGUCAGACUAUAUGAAAAAAUCUCUGCUUACAAUGUUCGGUACACUAAAACAAACCGUGAUCUGGAAGUUCGAAGGAGAUUUAGACAAUGUUCCAACAAACGUCCAUUUAUUAAAAUGGGCGCCCCAACAAAGCAUUCUUGCUCAUCCAAACCUCAAGUUUUUUAUAACUCAUGGAGGACAAUUGUCUACAACUGAAGCUGUCCAUUUCGGUGUGCCAGUUAUUGGCAUCCCAGUGGCGGGAGACCAACACGUGAAUAUGGGAUCUGUUGCCAAGAAGGGUUUUGGUAUUUUGGUCAAUUUAGCUGAAGAUAUGGCGAUAAAUUUGCAAAUAGCUAUAAAGGAAAUGUUAGAGAAUACUUCAUACAGAACAAAGGCAAAGGAACUAUCUCACAUCUUUCACAGUCGCCAACAAAAGCCUGGAGAUGAACUUAUAUUCUGGAUAGAAUACGUUGUUAAAACACGUGGAGCUCCACAUUUAAGAUCACCAGCUUUAUCAAUACCUUUUUAUAAAAAAAUAUACUUAGAUUUGUUAGUUGUGUCUAUGUUAGUAUUAUACUUGUUAGUUUUAGCAACAAGGCGUUUUGUUUGUAAAAGAUGUAGAAGAGCCUCCAAGGCGAAGAAAGAGAAGAAAAACUAAGAUAGUUAAAUAAAACAGUUCAUAAACGCAAAUAUUUAUGAUAUAUGUUUAAUUAAU